GAAGGGAGGAGGGGCAGGGUCGACAUUAUAGUACAUUAAACCCGUGAACAUGAGCCAUCAGGGGUGAUGAGAAUGUUUACAGGAGGAUGAAGAGGGGACAGAGGGACUUGACCCCCUCAGGUCCAGCCUGCUCUAUUCCUUACUGGCAUCACCUGAUCUGUGGUGCCCUAGGUCCACUGGCCACUGUGGUGCAGUGGUACCCAGUUGGCUCAGGAGGCGCAGAGUUGGGGCGGGAGGAGAGAGAGGGGCGCCGUGACAGCCGAGCGAGCGCGGCUUUCAGGAACCUUGUGAGAGGAAGUGGCUUCUGAAUGCUCUGCGUGGUACCAGGGGGCAGGAAAGGCGCCGAGAGGCGGGGGAGGUGUCGAGAUGGCGCUCCGUGCGCGCGGGGCGGAGGGAGGGAGCCGGCGCCGAGGACAUGAAACCGCAGAAGCCGAGUGAGCCGGGGAGCGAGGCAGUUCGACCCCGUGUUCGCAGCCGCUGGCGGCGCGCCGGGAAGGAAGCAGGUUACCCCGCCGCCGGAGCCCAGGGUGAGAAACCAAGGCGGCCGGCGCCCGCUCCCCCUGGUCCGGUAACUGACUGGUCCCCGGCGGGCUCGGAGCUCAAGCGGUGGAGCCCGGGAGGGUCCCCACCUCCCUGCGCCGCAUCCCGAGCCGGCCCAGCAGAUGCGCCGGCUGCCUCUGCCGGCCCCCGGCUAGAUGACGGUGGACAGCAGCAUGAGCAGUGGGUACUGCAGCCUGGAGGAGGAACUAGAGGACUGCUUCUUCACCGCCAAGACCACCUUCUUCAGGAAUGUGCAGAGCAAACAUCCUUCGAAGAAUGUCUGUAAACCCGCAGAGGAGACUAGGCGCCCGCCCACACUGCAGGAGAUCAAGCAGAAGAUUGCCAGCUACAACAGCCGGGAGAAAAACUGCCUGGGCAUGAAGCUGAGUGAAGACGGCACCUACACAGGUUUCAUCAAAGUGCAUUUGAAACUUCUGCGUCCUGUGACGGUGCCUGCCGGCAUCCGGCCCCAGUCCAUCUAUGACGCCAUCAAGGAAGUGAAUCUGGCGGCCACCACGGACAAGCGGACAUCCUUCUACCUGCCGCUUGAUGCCAUCAAGCAGCUACACAUCAGCAGUACCACCACAGUCAGUGAGGUCAUCCAGGGGCUGCUCAAGAAGUUCAUGGUCGUGGACAAUCCACAGAAGUUUGCACUUUUUAAGCAGAUACACAAGGACGGACAAGUGCUCUUCCAGAAACUCGCUGUUACUGACUGCCCCCUCUACCUGCGCUUACUCGCUGGGCCUGACACGGAUGUGCUCAGCUUUGUGCUAAAGGAGAAUGAGACUGGAGACGUGGAGUGGGAUGCCUUCUCCAUCCCCGAGCUCCAGAACUUCCUAACAAUCCUGGAAAAAGAGGAGCAAGACAAAAUCCAACAAGUGCAGAAGAAAUACAACAAGUUUAGGCAGAAACUGCAGGAGGCCUUAAGAGAGUCCCAGGGCAAACCCGGCUAACCGGUCCUGCUCCCUCUGCUCCCAGUGCCCGCGGAUUUAUUUUUAUUAUUAAUUAUUAUUUUGCAACAGACAUGUUUUCUCAGGACACCUCUGGUGGGUGCAUUUGAGCCCGCCCAGCAGUCCCAGAUGUGGCACAGGUGUGUGUGUGGGGCCGGGUCCUGCACACCCCAUGCAGCGCCCUUCAGCGCACUGCCAGGGAGCAGCACUCGUGUGAAAGAACAGCCACUGUCCUCUCGCAGUCUGCAAGCCUUUCACAAACCAAAUAGCUGCCUCUCUCGUCACCAGAUCGGAACUGUUCACACCAGCUGGCAAAGAAAGAAAAAGGGGGUUAGAGAUGUAUGUUAUUCCUCUGGCUUUUAUUCUUCAAUUUCCCUCUUGCUACCCGCAGUACCUUUAUUUAUGAGUCAAAAGUUGUAGCAUAUUCCUUUAGCAGGCCUGAGCUAAGCCCCCGAGAGCAGGAUGGUGCUCAUAAACAGAUUGUUGCCUACUGGCCCCUGAUGCUCAAGUCUGGAGCACCGGAGCUGAGGUUGGCUCAGAGAUUUCCGGAGAUACUGCAGCCUGCCCUGACCCAGCUCUGAUCUCCCAAGUGUACACAUAAACCCAAAGGCAUAUACAUCUGCGUAUGUGGGUACUUAGCCACAUCGUUGCCACCAACUGUUUGUUUUUAAGUUACAACUUUGAAUUUAAUAUUGCCAUCAUCCUCAUGUUUUCACUAAGGGGAAACCAACUCUUUACCAUUUUAGAAGUCUCCUGCUGAGUACGGAAAUCAGGUAGUCAGAGAAAGCCAAAAAGUAUUGCCGAGAAAUGUGUCCAAGUGGUCUUCAGCCUUCCCCCAGCUAGAGAGCAGGGGAGGACCUGGCUGCCUUGGUUUCCCCUGGGCCUCCAGCACUGCCUCCUCCCAUGGGCACUGUGGAAUCUCCAGGUGCUGCCAGAGGAGCUGCCUUGAUUAUAGAGGGGGGAACAUCCAACUCAGUCAUCUUGGAGUCCUUUGUGUUCCGAAGCACAGGCCAGCCGGGGCAUUGCCCUCAGUGAGCGUGGGGCUGGCCCUCCCGCUGACCUCAGUGCCUUUUGGUUUUCAGAGAAACAGGAGCAGGUUGCGCAUGCUUAAAGCUCUGCUGCUGGUUUGCUCCUGCCAGCAAGUGGACCAUGGCAGUGUGGGAGACAAGGCCAGGAGAGCCCUCCGUUCAGGUGUGGGAUAAGCUCACAGCUCUUCUUCCUAUGAAGGUCCCGUGCUUUGAUUCCCGGAAAUUAUGUCAAACCACAUUGACAGGGCGGAUCACAUUCCCAACUCUACAUUUGUACUGGAUUUUUGUUGAGGUCCAAACUUAAAAGUAAAUGAGCCAAACAACUCAAGCAAGUAGCCAGGACUGCAAAGACAGUCCAGUGCAGAGGGAGGACUUGUAACUGUCAAACAGGACCGGUUUCCAACCCAGCCUCUGAGAGAACAUUUCUUCGAUGUCCUCUGCCUUCCCAAGUCCCUUUUGGGUGGUUUCAAGCCCAAACUUCUUUGUGUAGCCUCAGAAGUUCGCUCCCUGGCCGUUGCUGAGUCCACACUGCCCCUGAUCCCAGAAAGAAUGCUGAUCCCCCAUCAUAGAAACUGUGCUAGUCUUCAGAGCUGCAAAAGCAAGACAGGCGAGCAGCUUGAAAAGAUUUUUGGAACCACAAAAACCCUGGUGACCUGCCAUCUCGUGCUCAGCCUUACACUUCCCUCCCUUAAAGACUCUCCCCUGCUGUAUAUUAAAGGGAGUGGGUAGAGGGUCCUUGUUCCUUCAUGCUGCAUGUCCUUUACAUGGAUAGAAGGCACGGCUCCUGCUGCAACCGCUGUGAAUGCUGCUGAGAGCCUCCCUGGGAUGGGGGUGGCUAUUUUAUUUUUGAGAAGAAAAA